CUUUAGCAGUCUUUAAUGGGCAAUGGAGAGCAGGGCCAUGCACGAUGACGGCUUUUCCCUCGGCCGAUUCGGCCGAGCCAAGCCAACCCGGAGGGAUGGACCGAUCUGGUCGAAGCCCCCGAGAUGGCGUUUUUCUCUCGUGUCCAGUCUGUGCUUUUCUCUCUUCUUUUGAUGCUGACGCUUAAUUCCCCCCAUUCGACAGGGCUGCGUGUCAGUUUUGGGGGGGAGGGGGGUGGUAAACAAGAAAUACUGUUGUAUUUCGCUCUUCUCCGUCCUCCGGAACCACCCCCCUACCUUACCCUCUCUCUCUCUCUGUCUCUUGGUUCUCCCAUUUUCCUUUUCGUAUGCGGAUUCAGAAUGCGAGGAGAAGCAAAGCGGGCUAGGCGAGAUUCGAGAGUAGUCGAGCCCUUCCGCUCGCCUAUCGAUCAGUAAUUUGGUGAAGAGAGGGGCAUGGAGUUGUUGGUUUUUGUUGUAUAAAUGAACCUCAUCAAAAAAGACAUUGACAUCUUGGA